UGGUAAUGAGCAUUUCGGCUAAAUACAAGCUCGUGUUAUUGAUUCAGGGAGCAGAGAAUCAUCGCAUUUCUUCUGUUCGCAUCAAAAACCAAACUUGGUAGCAGGGCGGCGUAAAGCUCAAGACCCAGAAAUCUCAGGUUAGGAGACGUCACUUUCCCACAAGGCUGACUCUGUUUCGACACCAACCAUGGAAGAGAGAGAGUUCAAGCAUUUGACCCCCGAGCAAGUCGAUUGCUUUAUGAAAUAUGGCUAUCUGCGUGUCCCAGGAUGCUUCACUCGCGAAGCUGCUGAGGAAUGGACAAAGGACGUCUGGGUGAGGCUCGGAUUUGACCCAAAAGACCCCGACACCUGGACUACGGAAAGGACCAACAUGCCCGGACACGGAGAGGUGUUGGUCAAGGAUUUCGCACCCAAGGCAUACGACGCCAUCUGCGAGUUAGUUGGAGGGGAAGAACGCAUCACCGAGGAAUCCAAGUCGUGGAGAGACAGCUUCAUCGUCAACCUGGGAACAAAGGAGCACGAAGGCAAGGAAGCCCACCCCAAAGAAUUGACCGGCUGGCAUGUGGACGGAGAUUUCUUCAUCCACUUCCUCGAUUCGCCAGAGCAGGGACUGCUGGUUAUCCCUUUGUUCACAGAUAUUCUACCCAACGGCGGUGGGACCUGGAUUUGCUCUGAAGGAAUCCCGAAGAUCGGAAAGUGGCUGUACGACCAUCCCAAGGGUGUCCUUCCGCGAAUGUCGCCCGUUGGGGGGGUAGAGAAUUUCGAAAACGGCCUGCAGUUCUACCACACAGUUGUCCAAGGCUGCGACGACGAGUCUUUUCAUGAGAUGACCGGUUCGGUGGGAGAUGUCAUCCUGCUGCAUCCCCUGAUGCUGCACUCGGCCUCCAAGAAUGGCCGCCGCUUACCCCGGAUCAUCACCAAUCCACCGGUGUCACUGGUGGAGCCUUUUAACUUCGAUCGUGAGGACGAGAGCCAGUAUAGCCUCGUCGAGCUGAAGACAAUCAAGGAGCUCGGGGGACAGGACCAGUUGAGAGGAUGGAAAAUCCAGGGGAAGAGAGACACUGUCGUGCCAGAGCGGGUGAGACGUCAAGCCAGGAUGUUGGAGGAAGAGAAGAGGAGGCUCAAGGAGCGGGAGUUGCAGAGUCAGACGCCGCAGCCCGUCGCUGUCGCAUAA